AUGUCCCGAACUAUUCCUUCAGCACCUGGACCGUCAAAUCCACUUACAAACUCAUAUACUUACCAUUCUUCAACGCCUACAGCACCAGGGCCAUACAUCCUGGGUGUUGACGAGGCUGGUCGUGGCCCUGUACUUGGGCCACUUGUUUACGGUGUUGCCUACUGUCCUGCAUCUUGGAAGACCGACUUAGAGCAGCUGGGCUUUGCUGAUUCCAAAACACUCACUCCGGAAAAGCGAGCCCAGUUGUUAGGCGUUCUUAACUCUGAUCCUCAGAAUCUCGGAUGGUCUGUCCGAGUCAUCAGCCCACAAGCUAUAUCAGCUGGGAUGUUGAGAAUUCCGCCAACAAAUCUUAACAAGCAAUCCCAGGAUGCAACCGUAUUGCUCAUACGCGAUGCCUUCAGCGUAUACGUGGAUGCACUGGGAAACACAACUACUUAUGAAGCGUAUCUUUCUUCACAAUUCCCGGGCAUCAGUUUUACCGUGACAACGAAAGCAGACUCAAAAUUCAAGAUUGUGGGAGCAGCUAGUGUGGCGGCAAAGGUCACAAGGGAUGCGUGUGUGGAUGGUUGGACCUUCGAAGAACUGGUUGAAGAAGACGACAAUGCAGUCGAAAACACUCGAAAAGAAAACUGGAAUAGAGAAUUCGGGAGUGGUUAUCCAUCGGAUCCAAAGACCCAAGCUUGGGUAAAGGCCUCACUCGACCCUACUUUCGGUUUCCCAUCCAUCGUCCGGUUUUCGUGGACAACUGUUAAAGUCAUACUGGAGAAAUCUGCUCACUCUGUAAAAUGGACUGACGAAGGACAAGAAUCAUUAAUGAAGGCAUUCGAAGGCGGGAAGGGGAGAGAGAAAGACCGGUGCAUUGUCACCAAGGACCUUGGAAUUCAGAGUAUUGGAACGCUAUAA